AUGUACUCCGAGUGGAGGUCCCUACACCUGGUGGUCCAGAGUGACCAGGGUCACUUGAGCGUGCUCCACUCUUACCCGCCCGGAGUUGGUCGGGAGGUGGCUAACGCAGUGGUCCGUCCCCUGGGUAGCCCAACUUCAGAGAGCAUCCUUAAGACUGAUAAAGAGGUGAAAUGGACGAUGGAGGUUUUGUGUUAUGGCUUGACCCUUCCUCUGGACGGUGACACGGUGAAGUUGUGCGUGGACGUUUAUACCGACUGGAUCAUGGCGCUGGUGUCACCGCGAGAUUCCAUACCCCAACCCAUAAUCAAAGAGCCCAACCUGUAUGUUCAGACCAUCCUCAAACAUCUGCACAACCUCUUUCUGCCCAGGCCUGAGCAUUUCAGCCCUAUGCAUUUCAGGUUGUGUCAGCAGGUGUUGUCAGCUGUGCAGAAGCUAGCCAGAGACUCUUCCUCUAUGGCCAGAGAGACCUGGGAGGUGCUGCUACUCUUCCUGCUGCGCAUAAAUGACACAUUGCUUGCCCCGCCCACAGUGGGAGGGGGGAUAGCAGAGAAACUUGCAGAGAAGCUGAUUAGCGUGCUGUUUGAGGUCUGGUUUCUGGCCUGCACGCGCUGCUUUCCCACGCCUCCGUACUGGAAAACUGCCAGGGAGAUGAUCGCUAACUGGAGACACCAUCCUCCCGUGGUGGAGCAGUGGAGCAAGGUCAUCGCCGCCCUCACUUCCAGGCUGCUGCGUUUCACAUACGGGCCGUCUUUCCCACCGUUUAAAGUGCCAGAGGAAGAUGCCAGCCUCAUUCCCGCCGAAAUGGACAGUGACUGUGUGGCCCAGACCUGGUAUCGCUUCUUACACAUUCUCAGUAACCCAGUGGACCUGAGUAACCCACUCAUCGUCAGCUCCACCCCUAAGUUCCAGGAGCAGCUCUUAGGGGUCAACAGUGUGCCCCAGGAAGUGAUCCAGCAUCCCUGCCUCAAACAGCUGCCUCAGAUCUUCUUCCGGGCCAUGAGGGGUAUCAGCUGCCUCGUGGACGCAUUUCUCGGCAUUUCACGGCCGAGAUCAGACAGUGCCCCGCCCACCCCAGUUAACAGGCUCAGCAUGCCCCCGCCCCCGACUACCACCAAUACCACGCCCCCUCACAGCCGUAGACACCGCCCAACAGGUGUUACCAAGACAACCAGCAAGGCUUCAACGACUGGUCAGUCCAAGGUUUCCCAUCAGCCCUCCUCUACGUCCCCUCUGUCCAGCCCAAACCAGACCAGCUCAGAGCCGCGACCUCUGCCUGCCCCCACAAGGCCAAAGGUCAACAGUGUCCUGAAUCUGUUUGGUCAGUGGCUGUUUGAUGCAGCUCUGGUGCACUGUAAACUUCACUCUGGUCUGAGCAGAGACAGCAGCAUGACUGCGCUUGCGACCCAGGCUGGAGUGGAAUUGCGUAGGAAAGGAUCUCAGAUGUCCACAGAUACCAUGGUGUCAAACCCCAUGUUUGAUGCCAACGAGUUCCCGGAGAACUACGAGUCUGGCCGUGCAGAAGCCUGCGGAACACUCUGCAGGAUCUUCUGCAGCAAGAAAACGGGCGAGGAGAUCUUACCAGUCUACUUGUCCAGGUUUUACAUGGUAUUGAUCCAGGGGUUGCAGAUCUCAGACUUCAUCUGUCGGCCUGUUUUAGCUAGCAUCAUCCUCAACUCCUCUGCUCUCUUCUGCUCCGAUCUGAAGGGGAUCAACGUGGUCGUUCCUUACUUCAUAUCUGCACUGGAGACCAUUCUUCCUGAUCGUGAGCUGUCUAAGUUUAAAUCGUAUGUGAAUCCCACUGAACUGAGACGAGCCUCCAUUCACAUCCUGCUCUCAAUGUUACCUCUGCCACAUCACUUUGGCAACGUAAAGUCGGAGGUUCUUCUGGAGGGCAAAUUCAGUAAUGAUGAUAACUCACUCCACGACAAGGCAGUGACCUUCCUCUCCCUGAAGCUGCGAUUGGUCAAUAUCCUGAUUGGUGCUCUACAGACAGAGACAGACCCAAUCAAUACGCAGAUGAUCCUAGCUGCAAUGCUGAAUAUCGUGCAGGACUCUGCUCUGUUAGAGUCAAUAGGUGCUCAGGCUGAAGUGGUAAAUGGUAGUCAUUCAUUGGCCAAGAGCCAUAGUCGAAAUAACAGUGGAAUUAGCAACGCCAGUGCAGGCAGCUCUGAGGCCACCACCCCUGACAGUGAAAGACCCGCCCAGGCCCUGCUCAGAGACUACGCUCUCCACACAGACACUGCAGCCGGACUCCUGAUUCGGAGCAUCCACCUGCUCACCCAGAGGCUCAACUCCCAGUGGAGGCCAGACAUGAGCAUCUCCCUGGCUGCCCUGGAGCUCCUUGCUGGCCUGGCCAAGGUGAAGGCCAGCGUGGAGUCUUCGGACCGAAAGCGAGCGGUCAGCUCGGUGUGCGGAUACAUCGUGUACCAGUGUAGCAGACCUGCACCACUCCAUUCCAGAGACCUGCACUCCAUGAUCGUGGCCGCUUUCCAGUGCCUGUGCGUUUGGCUUACCGAACAUCCAGACAUGCUGAACGAAAAGGACUGUCUGAUUGAAGUUCUGGAGAUUGUAGAGUUAGGUAUCUCAGGAAGUAAAUCAAAGACAGGUGACCAGGAAGUGAAAUACAAAGGCGAUAAGGAACAUAAUCCCGCCUCCAUGAGGGUAAAGGAUGCGGCCGAGGCCACGUUGUCGUGUAUAAUGCAGGUGCUGGGGGCGUUCCCAUCGCCCAGUGGCCCCGCCUCCCCUUGCAGCCUCCUUAAUGAGGAUACACUCAUUAAAUAUUCCCGACUCACCUCCACCACGCGCAGUAACUUCAGAUACUUUGUGCUGGACAACUCCGUCAUUCUGGCCAUGCUGGAGCAGCCACUUGGUAACGAGCAGAACCCGUCUCCAUCAGUCACAAUGCUGAUCAGAGGGAUGUCAGGCCGCCACGCCUGGACCAUGCAGCUUUUCCACCAGCCUAGGGGAGCCAGGGUCAAUCAGAGGGUGUUCGCUCCGGAGAGUCGUCCGACGCCGAAAAAUGAUGUGGGAAUUCGGUUUAACGUCAAACAUCGACCUUUCCCUGAGGAAGUGGAUAAGAUUCCGUUUGUCAAAGCUGAUCUUAGCAUUCCAGACCUGCAUGACAUUGUGGAUAAGGAGCUGGAGCUGCAGCAUGAGAAGCUCCGUGGAGUGAUGGUAAAACAGAUUGAGUAUGAGAAUGCCCUGGAACAUUACACGGAGGAGCUGUGGAGGAACAAACCAUUCCCAGACCCCCUCACAGACUGCAAGCCCCCGCCCCCGUCUCAGGAGUUCCAGACCGCCCGACUCUUCCUGUCCCAUUUCGGCUUUCUGUCUCUGGAGGCGCUGAAGGAGCCUGGUAACAGUCGUUUACCUCCUCAUCUCAUCGCCCUGGACUCGUCUCUACCGGGUUUCUUUGAUGACAUCGGGUACUUGGACCUGUUGCCAUGCCGACCAUGUGACACUGUGUUUAUCUUCUACAUGAAAGCAGGACAGAAGAGCAGUCAAGAGAUUUUAAAGAACGUGGAGUCAGCAGCAAAUGUGCAGCCUCACUUUUUGGAGUUUCUGUUGUCUCUGGGUUGGCCGGUGGAGGUGGGCCAGCAUCCCGGCUGGACAGGCAGCGUCUACACCAGCUGGACCAUUAAUGUGUGUGACGUGUCCUCUCUCCCUGCAGAUGACUCUGUGAGUCUGAGUGACAGUGGAGGGGGGGUGUUCAGCGGAGAGAAGAGAGUGCUGUACUAUGCUGACGCCCUGACUGAAAUAGCCUUUGUUGUCCCGUCAUUAAACGACUCCUCUGCGGAGUCGUCAGAAAACAGUUUCCCCACAGCAGACUCUGAUUCUCAGAUGGAGCUGUUGCCCAGCAUGCUGAAACAGUCCAAUCUAACACUGGAGCUCUUCCCUAACCACUCUGACAACAUGGGCCCCACACAACGGUCACCUACAGUGAAAAGUAAAAAGUUGCCGUCGGGCAGAAGUAUUCCUCCCCUGAGUCCUGAGACCAAAGUGUUGGUUGUCUGGGUGGAGAGGUUUGAUGAUAUAGAAAAUUUCCCUGUGACUGAGUUGCUGGCUGAGACUAGCACAGGGGUGGAGACAGCUGUGAACAGCAGUGCUUCCUGCAGAUCCAGCUCUUCGGAGAAGGACGUUCCUGUGAUUUUCAUCCAUCCUCUGAAGACGGGGCUGUUUCGGAUCAAGCUACACGGAGCCAUGGGAAAAUUCAGCAUGGUCAUCCCGUUGGUGGAGAACAUGGUUGUGAGCCGCAGGUCGCUCGGGUUCCUGGUGAGGCAGACGGUGAUAAAUGCAUGCAGGAGAAAACGUCUGGAGAGUGAUUCAUAUAGUCCACCCCACGUCAGGCGGAAACAGAAGAUAGCAGACAUUGUUAACCGCUACCGCAACAAACAGCUUGAGCCUGAAUUUUACACGUCACUGUUCCAGGAGGUUGGAGAAGCCAGCCUCAAUCCCUAAACACACACACACACACACACACACACAAAUAAACGCCAACUCUACAGUGGAGAGAAGCUUGGUUCUGUUGUCCCUUCGUUGAAAAGGCCUUUA